GCGUCGUACGUGUUGCAUCCCUGGUAUUCUGUUCUGCGCGGCGCGCGUCCUACGUUAAAAUCACUAUUAAUUUGGACUUUCUAUUGACUGCAGGGCUGAAGACUUACCAAAGAGUCAGCUGAUAAGCGAACUUUUGCCGGUGGUAUUUCACAUAUGUACACAGAUAUUUCCAAAUUUAAGUCUCAUAUUAGCAUUACAUAAAUAAAGAAUUAUAUUAUUGAGCAAACCAUGGAUUCUCCAUUGAAUGAUCCACAAAGGCCACCACAACCUAACCAACAUCCACUGGCUGACUAUCACUUUAGUCCGGAGGAGGUGCGGGCAUUACGGGAGUGUAACACCGAAUCGUUUUUCCAGCGAUCCCUGCCAUUUGGCACAGGGUUGGGUGUCCUGGCCUACUUCGGAGUGAAAAAUGGCUAUCUGCGUGGUAACGGAAAGUAUGGGGCUGUGCCCAAAGUCAUAAUGGGCGUUGUGUUGGGCUACUUUGUGGGAAAGUUCAGCUACCAACAGAAGUGUGCGGAGAAGAUUAUGCGUAUGCCAAAUUCUCGACUGGGAGAGCUACUAAGGCAGCGACGCCAAGGUGGUGGUGUAAUUAGCAGCAUCACACCCGACGAGAGUUUAGGCCGCGCAUUCACCCUCGCCCCUUUCACUCCCAGUGCAGACGUUUAUAGCGACGAAGGCAUGCGUGGCUCCGCCCUAAAUUUGGACACAGAGUCUCGGCCAACUAUCUCUGGCCUGGACGACAUAUACAGGCCCACACUGGAUUCCACAAACACAAUGCUAGACACAGAGUUGCCGCUGGAGCCUGCUAAGCCGGGUCAGUCCUAUGAGGAUUUGCGCAAGAAAAAUCGUGACGAGUUUUCAAAACGUCAGCAAAGCACAUAUUCACGACCAGUGGACCCGCCCCCACCAAUUCGUCAAUCUGUUCCAGAAUCCGAACAAAGCUUUGGUGCUCCACAUACUAGAAAGAACAAGUAUGGUGAUGCCUGGACUGACUAAGCAAAUUAUAAGACGUGUUAACUAUGUUUCAAAAUACAAUAAUAAUUAUUUGUUUCCGACAAGGAUCAAAAAAAUGCAUACAAAAGUUAAAAA